AUUCCUUCUGGCCAUGACCCUAGAGGCGGGACUUACCUUUCAUCCACUUCCGGUUAAGCGCAUGCCUCCUCUUCGGCUUAACUAGCUGACUAACACUCCUGAAACAGAAUCUAAGACAACGUUAGGAGUUAAUAGCUUGAACACUUUGCUUCCAUUAUUUAUAUUUUUCAUCAUCUGAACGUGUGACGGUCGAAGAAAACAUGAAUAUUCGCAACGCAAGGCCGGAGGACCUUAUGAACAUGCAGCACUGCAACCUGCUGUGUCUCCCAGAGAACUACCAGAUGAAAUACUACUUCUACCACGGACUGUCCUGGCCGCAGCUCUCCUACAUCGCAGAGGAUGAGAAUGGCAAAAUAGUGGGAUAUGUUUUAGCCAAGAUGGAGGAGGAUCCAGAUGAUGUCCCCCAUGGUCACAUCACAUCCCUGGCUGUCAAGCGCUCUCACAGACGUUUGGGACUAGCUCAGAAGCUGAUGGACCAAGCCAGUCGAGCUAUGAUUGAAAACUUCAACGCCAAAUAUGUCUCACUUCAUGUCCGGAAAAGCAGUAACCGAGCGGCCUUGCACCUGUACUCAAACACACUGAAAUUCCAGAUUAGCGAAAUAGAGCCCAAGUACUAUGCAGAUGGGGAGGAUGCCUAUGCCAUGAAGAGAGACCUAGCCCACAUGGCUGAUGAGGUCCCACAGUUGAGGAAGUCAGGAAUGAAGGCACUGGGUCAGGAGACACCUACCGCUACGACCACACCUGGUGACCAGGAGAAAGAGGGAGAGGGGGACAGCGGAGGAGAGAACAAAGACCUCAGUGAAGUUAGCGAGGCCACAGAGAGCACAGACGUCAAAGAUUCAUCCUCCGAUUCACAAUGACUCAGCCAUCUUUAGUAGCCAUUUUUAAAUUCGCCAUCAAAGUUACUUACUACACUUUUUAUCUCACAGAAAGGGAACAAUUAUACCCAGUGGCAGUCAGCUUCUCCAUUCACUUCUGUUACUUUUACAGCGUAAAGUAAAAUCGAUUUUUUUUAAAAACUAAAAUAGAAUCUCUCUCUCUCUCGACAUUAGUGAUACAAUGUGAUUGAAAGAAAUGCUUUUGCAACUGGAAUGAAAAGUUGAUGUUGAGCUCAAAUUCACAACUGGUUCUAUAAAGGUUGUUUUGGGCUUGAUGCUGUCACUACUGUUUUCAACUCCCCACUCACCCAUGAAAUCAACACAUUUUGAAAAAAACGUCAGUUUUUGGGUGUGACUUAAUGAGAUCUGUGAAGUAGUCUUCAAAAUGCUGAAAAUAAAAGUUUCAAGUAAUA